GAGCUUUUGGGGCUCCCUCACCCUCGCCUGGAUCCCUGCGGGGCUCCAGCGCAGCCCGACCACGCUUCCCGCAUUCCCGGCCGCCGGCUCACGCCGGCGCAGGCGGAGCGGGGAAGGACGAGGGUGGGGAAGGGGCUCUGGGAGGCGCCGAGGAGCAGCCGCCACCGCCGCCACUCGCUCCGGCCCCAGCGAGCCCGGACGCGGCGGAGGAGCCCCGGCAGCACGGUACCUGCUGCAGGAAGGGAGAGAACAAGAAAGCACCAUGUCUUCAGUCUCAGCUUAUUACAAUGGGAAGACUGUACUUAUCACAGGAGCUACAGGUUUCAUGGGCAAAGUACUGGUGGAAAAACUUUUGCGCUCCAGCCCUGAAGUGAAAGCAGUUUAUAUUCUUGUCAGGCCGAAGGCUGGACAGUCAAUGCAAGAGAGAGUGGCCAACAUGUUGAAAUGUAAGGUUUUUGACAGGGUCCGAGAAGAUUGCCCUAAUUUCCACGAGAAGAUUAAGCCUAUUAAUGCUGAACUCACUCAGCCCAAGCUGGCCAUCAGUGCUGAAGACGAGGAGGAGCUUCUGACCCGGGUCAAUGUUGUCUUCCACUGUGCAGCCACAGUUCGCUUUGACGAACCCCUCAAACAUGCCCUGCAGCUGAACGUGAUGGGCACACAACGGCUCCUCGAGCUGGCCCGGCAGAUGCGGAACCUCGAGGCCUUCAUCCACAUCUCCACUGCCUAUGCAAACUGCAUCCGGAAAUGCAUCGAGGAGAUCAUCUACCCACCCCCAGCCGAGCCCCAGAAGCUCUUUGAUUUAGUAGAGUGGUUGGAUGAAUCCAUCAUUCAAGACAUCACACCCAAACUGCUUGGGGAGUGGCCCAACACUUACACCUACACCAAAGCCUUGUCAGAGUACCUGAUUCAGCAAGAGAAAGGAAACUUGAACAUUGCUAUCAUCAGGCCAUCCAUCGUGGGAGCCAGCUGGCAUGAGCCUUUCCCAGGUUGGAUUGACAACUUCAACGGGACCAGUGGAAUAUUUAUUGCGGCAGGCAAAGGGAUCCUGCGGACCGUCAUCGCCAACAACGAAGCAGUGGCAGACAUGAUUCCCGUCGACGUCGCCAUCAACCUGACUCUGGCAGCUGGGUGGUACACGGCCGUGCACAGACCAAAAAACCUGUUGGUGUACAACUGUACAACAGGGGGAAUCAACCCUUUCUUCUGGGGAGAAAUGGGCCAGUAUGUCAUGUCCACAUUCAAAAGGAACCCCCUGGAGCAGGCCUUCCGAACACCCAAUGCUCACAUGACCUCCAGCUACUUGAUUAACCAGUACUGGAUCACUGUCAGCCACAAGGCACCCGCCAUCCUGUACGACCUGUACAUGAGACUCACAGGGAGAAAGCCCAGAAUGAUGAAGAUUAUCAAUCGGCUGCACAAGUCUAUGACACUCCUGCAAUAUUUCUCCACCCAGUCCUGGAACUGGUCUUCAGAUAAUAUGAAUAUGUUAAUGAGUCACCUUAACACAGAAGACAGAAAGUUAUACAACUUUGAUGUUCGCCAGCUGCACUGGUCAGAGUACAUUGAGAGCUACUGCAUAGGUGCUAAGAAAUACUUGCUAAAUGAGGACAUGGCUGGAAUUCCAGCAGCAAAGCAACAUCUACGCAAGCUGAGGAACAUCCGAUACGCAUUCAACACCACCCUCCUCGUGAUCAUCUGGCGCAUCUUCAUCGCAAGGUCGCAGAUGGCUCGAAACAUCUGGUACUUUGUGGUGAGCCUCUGCUACAAGUUCCUGUCCUACUUCAGGGCAUCCAGCACCCUCAGGCACUGAAGCCAUCCAUCAGCAGCCAGCCUCUUCCAGAAGGACCUCCAUCUCUUCUAAUCAGCAACUGUGGGCAUUGAGGUCUGAAAGUAGCAGAAAAAUCCACUCCCUCCAACAGCAGCAGGCACUUAUUGUACACUGUUACAUGCUUACCUUUUUAAUUUUAACUAAUGCUUUAAUAUAUGGUCUUUCUUCCAUCGGACCAGGCCAAUUUUUAAAGCCAUAACUGAAGCUUUAGAAACAGGUCAAGCUGGGAGCCUCCCAUCUAAAGUCAGAUGUACAAGAGUAAGGAUUAAUCAAAGUCAUUGUCCUCCCAUGUACUACUCCUUAGGCUAUCUUAAUCCCAUCUUCUUCCUCAAAAGAGGCAAAUUUAAAGCAUGACCUUGGAAGACAAGAAUGCCACCAGAGAAGACCCAGCUGAGGAAAUGAACCUGUAAGAGGUCUUCCUAAAGCAGCUAUUUGUUCAUUCUCAUUCAGUGAAAUGGUACCUUACUUAAAAAACAAGAUUACACCUUCUCACUUUUUCAAAACUUAGGAGGGGGAAACAUCAGUCACAUGAGGCCAGUGAACACACAGAACAGUUUUCAGAUCUUGUGUUGCUGCUGAGGACUGAUGCUUUCAAGCCAUACCUGAAGACACAUGUAAAAUUCAUGCACCUGUGUUAACUUGGCUCAUUCACAAGCUGCUUUCUUACAAAGAGGUCUUCUUUUCUCCCUGUGGUUAAGAUUUCAGUCUAUUAAAAAAUUCGUGGUCUUGCAUUUAUCACAUUUGUUUGGGACAUUUUGGAGGUCUUGAAAAAUGCUGUAUUAACCCUGAGAAUGAAGAGAAGACUUCAUAAAAAUCAGAAGAAGAAUACAGAAACCUGUCAUUAUUUUUGAAGUAUGAGUCUUUUUUUCCCCUGCAGGAAAUCUCUCUUCCUGUAGCUCAAAACCAGUCUGAUACUGGGCUUUCAUUACAGCUAAAUCACUUUGCAGUUGAUCAUUUCCAGUGGCAAAGAAAGUGUAACGACACACGUGAAGGAAACAUCAUUGGGCCUGUUCUGCUGCCGUUCCUGUCAGGAGGCAUUAAAAAGUCUGAAAUUUGUUUUUCUUGAGAAUAGUUAAAUGUUGGAUUUAAUGAUCUUAAAGGUCUUUUCUGAACUAAGCAGCUCUGUGAUUCUUUGACUUCUCUGUAAGAACAGUCAUGCAACUAUGAAGGUAAUGCACUUUGUCCUGCAGUUUAG